CAAUACAAAGAAAUGGCCUCUACUCUGGUCUCCAGCUCCUCUGAAGUGCAGACCAUUAGCCACCAUCCAUCCAUCCAGGAUGAAAUACUAAAGCUGUCUAAAGCUGGGACUACAUCUUUAAAAAACAAUGAAGCAGCCCAGGCUCUGAGCAUGUUCAAGAAAGCGUACGUUCUGGCUGAUGGGGUUCCUGAGACGCAAAGUCAGAAGAUGUGCCUCUUCAAUCUAGGGGCUGCCUAUAUUGCUAUGGGCAAACCAAAGAAAGGACUGAAGUGCCUGCUGAAGUGUAAAUCAAAGGGAUCUGUGGAGAAAGAUGGUGAUUUCUACUUUAACAUUGCAGCUGCUUAUGAUGAAAUGAAGGAGUACUCUAAAGCGGUGAAGUUUUACCAGAGAGCUAUUAAUGAAUACAUACCUAGUGAAACACAAAGCAUCUCAGAUGCUUUGAUCAAACUUGGCUAUUGUUCAGUGAAUGUAGGAGACCUUCCCUCAGCUGCACGUUCCUUUAAGCUUGCCAGCCACUCCUACCAAAAGACAGAGAAAACUGAAGAUGCUGCCAUGGCCAUGAGGGAGGCAGUCAGCUAUAUGAUACGGAGUCAAAAGUUCUCAAAGGCAGAAGUGCUCAAGACUUUAGCUGAAUGUGCACAGCUGUGUUCUGGAAUCACUAACCAGGAUUUGUUAGGCAAACUCUACAACCACAUUGGAUUGCACUAUGCUGAAAUGAUGUGCUUCCACCAAGCUGGGAAAUACUUUAUCAAAGCCAUGGAAAUCUGCAGUGGGGCAAACUUUUCUAUACGGAAGAGAGCUGUAUUACUACAAAACUUGGGAGCAAUCUACAAUGCUUUAUGCCAGUAUGAAAAGUCAUUGAGAUUUCACGGCGAGGCAGCACAUCUGUACGGUGAGGUGUCAAACAUGUGAUUCAUUCUGCAGGGUGGAGAGGUUCACCUCCCCCAAGCCUGAAGGAUCAGACGGGCAUCAGCAUCUUGACUUUACAAACCUAUCAAAAAUCCAGCAAGGCCCUGGCACCAGCU